AUGACGACUGAGAUUUCCCAGCAACAUUUGGAUCCAUCCACCCCGGUGCGCUCCGGUCCAGCGGCUCUGAGCGCAGCGCUGCUGAGCGCGCAGCCGGUGAUGGAGAACGCACACAGUGCGUCAGCUAAAGGGAAAAAGGGAAACUCAGGCUUGAGGCGACCCGAGAAGCCCCCCUACUCAUACAUUGCUCUGAUUGUGAUGGCAAUUCAAAGCUCACCGACCAAGAGGCUCACUCUGAGCGAGAUCUACCAGUUCCUGCAGGCCCGGUUCCCCUUCUUCAGGGGCUCAUAUCAGGGAUGGAAAAACUCUGUGAGACACAACCUGUCUCUGAACGAGUGUUUUAUCAAGCUGCCCAAAGGUCUGGGCAGACCUGGCAAGGGCCACUACUGGACCAUCGACCCGGGCAGCGAGUUUAUGUUCGAGGAGGGCUCCUUUCGGCGCAGACCUCGGGGCUUCCGAAGGAAAUGCCAGGCUCUGAAGCCCAUGUACAGGAUGAUGAACGGUAUCGGGUUCGGCGCAUCCAUGCUGCCGCAGAGCUUCGAUUUCCAGCCAUCUUCCGGCUCGUUAGCGUGUCAUAACAGCUAUAACUUAGACUUGAUGGGGAAUACGGUUCCUGGGGGGUUCGAGGGGCUCGGAGGAGGACACCACGUCCCGCACAUGUCUUCAGGCUCCGGGUCAUCGUACAUGGCCGCGUGUCAGGCGGCCUCCAACGCAGACUAUUGUCCGGACAGCAGCAGCAGCCCCCUGCAGUCCUCCCCGGCCAUGGUGGGCGCUUUGGACUGUCAGUCUCCGUACGCAAACGCAGCGUCACACUGGAGCUCACCUGGAGUGUCUUCAUACAUCAAACAGCAGAGUCUGGCUUCAGGCGCGCAGAGCUCCGCCGUGCACUCUGGGAUGUCUUCUUACUCUCUGGAUCAGAGCUACCUGCACCAUAACGCACGAGAUUCUUCUGACAUCUCAGUGGGACUGUCUCGAUAUUCCGGCCACUCGGCUCCCGUGUGCGACAGGAAGGAGUUCGUUUUGAACCUAAACGGAAUCUCUUCCCUCCAUCCCGGCAGCGGAGGAUCUUACUACCACCAGCUCCACCACCACCACCACCAGAGUGUCUAUCAGGACGUAAAGCCGUGCGUAAUGUGACCCGGAACAGCUAGAACUGCUAAAACAUGCUUCCUCUGAUUUGAGCCUUAACCGAACUCGAGACGCCGAUGAAGAAGGAAAAAAAAAUCUCUCCGGUGACCUCUGACCUCUUUAAGGCGGUGGUUGUGAUGUGAGGACUUUGCUGUAGCGCUUCAACACGGGACGGACUUCAACACGCAAUAAACACAUUUUACCGAAAUAAUACAAACCUGAACUAAUGUUUAUUCGUGCACUUCAUAUACUCCUCCUGCAGCGACCCAAGAGAUUUAUUUGUAAAGGAUCAUUUGCGAGUGUUUGAUGUCUUAAGGAAUAAAUGUUUCUUCAGGAAA